CCGAAUCAGCACAAGCUGGAUGUGCAACAGGGCGAUGUUAUAAAAAUACAGUGGCCGUUUUUCGAUGUUUGUGUUGCUAAUUUACCAUAUCAGAUUUCCUCGCCUUUUGUAUUUAGGUUACUGCUGCAGCGUCCAUUGCCAAGGUAUGCAGUGUUAAUGUUCCAGAAGGAAUUUGCCGAUCGAUUGCUUGCUAAACCCGGUAGUAAACUGUACUGUCGAUUAAGUGUCAAUGUGCAGUUUCUUGCGCGUGUUGAACAUCUUAUGAAGAUAAAACGUACAGAAUUUAGGCCCCCGCCGAAAGUUGACUCUGCUGUUGUGCGCAUCGAUCCAAGGAAUCCUCCUCCGCCUGUGAAUUUUCAGGCUAUUCAUGAAGAUUAUCUCAUCAAAUUCCUCACAAAUUUUGCUGAUGAAUCGCAGCACGCUGUAUUUUUACAGAAUAUGCCUCUCACUGUUGCAGGAAUGGGACAGCCGCCGCCGAAAGUUGACUCUGCUGUUGUGCGCAUCGAUCCAAGGAAUCCUCCUCCACCUGUGAAUUUUCAGGAAUGGGACAGUUUAUUGCGGAUUAUCUUCCUCCGGAAAAAUAAAACUCUGUUGUCGCUGUUCAAGAAGAAUCAAGUAUGUGAGUCACUGGAGAAGAACUACAGGACACUGUGCAGCAUCACAAAUAAGACAAUUGAAAAAACGUUUAAUAUGAAAGAAAAAGUGGAGAAGAUAUUGACGGAAAGUGGUUUUGCGACAAAACGCGCAAGACAGCUGGAUACAGAAGACUUUCUGGCACUGCUGUUGGCCUUUAACAAGGAAGACAUACAUUUUGUGUAA